GCAAUGAUUGUGACCUCACUGUCAGUAGAUGAUUUAAUCAGCGUUGUGCCAGUGAUUAUUUUCAUGCUUACCCAGUGGUCAAGUGAUGUGCUCCCCCAGCCUCUGUGCGCCACCUCAGCGCUUAUGUAUUUAUUCCAGGGCAUUUCUGGCAACCUGAAAGCAUCUCUUAUAGUUUCUUACAACUUCUGCACCGUCAGCAAAACUGUGACGAUGAGCCGCAGCACUUCCAAACGACCAGUGAGCAUGAUGUGGGCCGUUCUCACCAUUUGGAUUGUCAGUUUGCUAAUCUGCAUUUUGCCUCUCUGUGGCUGGGGCAGCUAUAUCCCCACCUCUUGGGGCUGCUUCAUUGACUGUGCUAGUUCCUACAUCCUGUUUUUAUUUGUUGUCUACUCCCUGUGCUUUUGCCUUCUCACAGUGCUUUCUGUCCCUCUGACUUACCAGCUGUUGUGUUCAGAUGAGCAACAGCAGUUAUACAUUGAUUACCAGGAAAUCUCUCGAGGCUAUGUCACCCCUGCAACACCUGCAGGCUGCAGUACUGCUACCCCAUCUCUGUCACCAGAGGACCCUGUGGAUAAGACCCUGAAGCAUUUCCAAAAUGCAUGUGCCAGCUCAGAGGCAGUUUUCAGGAAAGGUGUGGCUGAGAGCAGUGGACUCAAGCCCCAUUGCGUGAACAACAUACAGAGCAGGAGCUUCACAGUGGGGUUUGCCCAGAAACGAUUCUCACUGAUUCUUGCACUGACAAAAGUCAUUCUCUGGCUUCCAAUGAUGAUACAAAUGUUUGUCCAGCACAUCAUCGGUUUUCAAAGCCUUUCAUUCGAAACCCUUAGCUUUCUGCUGACUUUGCUGGCUGCCACCGUCACCCCAAUAUUUGUCCUGUCAGAACACUGGAUCCACCUGCCCUGCGGCUGCAUCAUUAACUGCAGGAGAAACGUGUAUGCUGUGUCUUCAGAAGAACUCAAAAGUAAGUAUAGGAGGCUGACUCGCAGCUGGAAUACAUCUUGCA